AUGAGCCUCCUCAACAAGCCCAAGAGUGAGAUGACCCCAAAGGAGCUGCAGAAGCGGGAGGAGGAAGAGUUUAACACAGGUCCGCUCUCUGUGCUCACACAGUCAGUCAAGAACAACACCCAGGUGCUUAUUAACUGCUGCAACAAGAAGCUCCUGGGCCGUGUGAAGGCCUUCAACAGGCACUGCAACAUGGUGCUGGAGAAUGUGAAGGAGAUGUGGACCAAGGUACCCAAGAGCAGCAAGGGCAAGGAGAAGUCCAAGCCAGUCAACAAGGACCACUACAUCUCCAAGAUGUUCCUAUGUGGGGACUCAAUCAUCGUGGUCCUGUGGAACCUGCUCAUCACUGGCAAGUAG